GACGAAACUAUGCAAACACACGAAAUUCGCCAAGCCUUCAUUAAUCGGGUUUAGCUCCUUCAAGCUUCAAGAUCAUCGAAAGCCGGAGCUCAUUGACGACAACUUCACCACGCAAAACAAUACCUCUACCAGAACACUGUCAAGAUGCCUGGCUGGAUCCCGAAAAAGUUCCCCGGCAAAAUUGCCGAACCCAUGAUCCCUUUCUACGCUGCAGGCGUUAUCGUGAUCUACGCGAUCAACCUUGGUGCCAACGCUAUGAUGGCAUCGGACGAGUUCAAGGACGAUCCCCGAAACCCCAACAGAAACCAUGAAGCGAAGUCAGCAUAA